AUGUGGCAGAACGGCCAUGCGCAACGAGAGGAUCGUACGUUGGCGGCGAGCUGGACAACCAUGGGCUCCGACUCUGCCGAGAUGUUGCAGGAGUUGGCCCUCGAUGCUGUAGUUCGGUCGCAUGCUCCUCUCUCUCCCAUACACCCGCCUUCCGAAGAUGAUCGUUUUCUCCCUUCGUCGCCUCCCUUCGCUCCGCUUACCGAAGGAUCGUGUCGUUUCUCCGUUCGUCCCUGCCGAGAUACCUGUGAGUCGGGAUCGUUUACAGAGCUGCCUUUGGCAGGUGUGCGGCGUUCUGGUCGUCGCAAGAGUGGAGACGCGUCCAGGUUGCCAGUCGCGUCUUCUGAGGUGUCUUUGCCUCGCGGCAUCCACCGGCUCUUUGCAGUCUGUUCUCGCCACGGGUCUUCGCCGCCGUCGCUUUCGCCGGCGCCGUCCGGUGCAGAAGACGAGGCGGAGCAGGUGGAGAAAGAGGCCUUUGAAUCAUCAGAAGCAAAGGAGUCUCCCUUUCCAGAGCCGUCGCCUGCCCCAGAGGCGGUCGUCGCCGCAUCGCAGGCGACGCCUUCUGAAGAGGUCCGAGACGAGGUGGAGGAGGCGCCGGUGUCGUCGCCCGGAUCUUCGUGUCCGCAGAACAGGCCAGGAUCGCCCCCUCUCGAAGAGGAGGAAGUUGGCAGCCACUCGCGUUCUCUUUCUCCGUCCUCGUACAACGCGAAACUCGAGCGGUGUCCUAAAGUGGUGGGCGUCCGGUUUGACAAGACGCAGUGCCGGUGGCUGGCUGGGAUCAGCAUCAACGGCCGCACUAUGAAUAAGUACUUUCCAGUGUACAAAUACGGUUUCGAUGGAGCCCGGAGAAUGGCCGUGAACCACCGUCUGGCGUGCCUGAGGAACCAAGGGAAAGCGGCAGCGGCAGCGGCGGCGGCAGCGGCUGCGUCCGGCGAGGCCGGGGAAGGCGAGAGCCGACCGAGGAGACACCUGGUCGGAGAUCGGUCGCCUUCGAGCAUCAAUCGCGAACGCUCAAACAGUUCGGGGAGCGUCCUUUGUGGCGGCUCCGUGGGCGGCCUGGGCAGCGGCGACGGUCGGUGGGGGUCUGACAAACUCGCCGGCUCCGAAGGUGUUGCGGGUGGCCCGGGGGCGUGGAACGGGCGCACGCGGGGCGUGUGGAGGAGGCGGCCUCUGGAAGAUGAAGACUUUGAGGCGUCGCACGCGGCGGAAGAGGAAGACGAAGGCAGCGAGGACUUCGAUGGGCGCUCUUUCGGUCACUUCCCGGGCUCGUAUGGCCGCAGCCGCGGGGGGAGGGGGGGCCGCCUGCCUGGUUGGCCGAUGGGCCGAGGCGGGAUCCGAAAGGCGCGAGACAACGACGGGCGGCGAGGCAGCCGAGGGGAGGAGGAAGACGAGGACGAAGGCUUCGAUGAGGAAGAAAAAGAUGUGCAGGUCAGGAAGGGUGGCACGCUCCUUCGAGCGAAUCCGGACCCGGGAGAUAGAGACGACCCAGAAGACGAUGACGAGUACGACGAGGACGACACCGCACGAGGCGACCAAGAAGACGACGGCUAUUCGACGAGAGCGACAAGAGGGUGUUGGGGGACGCGACGGGGAAGUCGCCUUCGCGGUAAAUCUCCGAUCGCUUCGUCCCGCGGCGGCCGAGCAGGAGGCACCAGCAUCUAUCACACCCGGGGGAGCACCCUUCGAGCUGGGGCGGGGGACGAGCGAAACUGGGAUGAGGAAGAGGAGAGAGGCCGCGUGAACCGGCCUGGGAACGGUGAGGAGGAUGACGACGGGGAGAAGAAAGACGAGGACGACGGGAUGGCUCUGGGCGCCUCGCCCCGCAGCGGCGGCCGGGGCAGCUGGGGCGGCUACGGCCGGGGGGGGCGAAGUCGAGGCGGAGGGCGAGGACGGGGAAGAGGAGCGAUGAAGGAGCGGAUGAAAGAGGAUGAGCAUGGCGAAGACCAAGAGAAAGACGGUGGGUAUUACGGGAUCAAGGGACCGAGCGGCGCAGGGCGUGGAUGGCCGAGAAGAGGGCUGGCGUGCCGACGGGGAGGAGACAGAGACAGAGAAGACGAUGGCCUCGAUGAAGAAGAAGAGCUUACUGGUGGUAGCACAGAGGAAAAUGCCGCGUUCGCCGAUAGACUCCAGCCUUGGCCUCGAGGUCUGUGGUGGUCUCGAGGCAACAAUCGCUGGUUUGCAGCUUAUUCCCGCGACGGCGUAAAGCGCUACAAAACCUACACCCCGAAUAAGCACGGGGGCAUGAUGCGUUCCUACCGUCUUGCCUGCGCGUUUUUGACGGAGGCGCGGCUGCAAGAGGCGCAGGAGGCGGAACGGCGAGAAUCCCAAGGCGAGCUUAAGUCGUACUCGUACCGAAACGUCUCCCAUCUGGAACGGUACUACAACAGGGGACGAGGGGGGUACACACGCGUCAGCUACUACCGUCCGGGGGGGCGAGGAAGAGGUGGACGAGGAGGGAAAGCUGGACGGUGGGAAGAACGAGACGGCGAGCCGGACGGAGAGGAGUUCAAGGAAGAAGACGAGGUGCGGCAGGAAGAAGGGCGAGGCCUUCGCAGAGAGUCCGGAGCCGGGUUGGCGACGCUCAGCGGCGAGGAGAGAGAAGCGGACGAGGAGGGGCGCGUGAGGAAACGGAAGCUGGAGCAAGGCGACGCGGGAGAGGGCGAUCUGUACCGGGUUAAGGAAGCCAUUGGAGACCGACAAGAGAGACACGACCUAGAACCGAAUGAGAAGAAGAGCAGAAUAGAAGAGGGUGAAACGCCUGAAGAUGUGGACGAGGCCGCCCUGAAGAAGGACGAGCAAGACGGAGAGAAGCUCGCAAAGAGCGAAAGCCGAGAUUCCGACGCUCCAAACCAGGAGACCGACUCUGCAGAGACUCCCACGUCGUGGAACUCGGGCUUCAAUCUCCGUCGCCGCCCCGCCUCGUCGCCGACAGACAAUAAAAUGUUCACGAGGGGAAUGCUGUCGGCGGCUCAUUCGGCUUCAGACCGUCUGUCGUCCUCUCGGGGACCCAGUGGCGCCUACCUUCGGCACGCCUCCUCCCCGGGGUCAUCCCACAGUGGGAACGGGUCGGCCGCAUCGACGCUUCUGCGCAGCAGACGUCCCUGGGCCUCUUCGGGCGCAGUUGCAGCGGGGACAGGAGACAGCUGGGCACGCGAGGCGGCGAAACUCCCUCUCUAUGCCGGGAUGCAGUACGACGCUGUCUCCAAGUGUUUCCGUGUGAAGCUUCAGAGCCACCGCAGGGCGUUUUCAGUGGUUCGCCGCGGUGUGCGUGAGGCGCAUCUCCUCGCCGUCGAAGCUUUGAAGAAUGACGGGUCGUUGCAAGAGGAAGACGAAGAGGACUUCCGGGCGUUUUACAGCGGUCGGAGUCGCAGAAACGGGGCCUCCGGGGACGGGGCGAGCCGCCCGGGCGUUCCAGGAGACGCGGAGAGACGGCGACUGAGGUCCUCGGGACGGGGUCAAGACGAAGCGGAGGACGGGUACCGCGACAGGAGGCCUGGACUCCGAGGAAGAGAUCGAGAAGAAGAUGGUUACCCCAGUGCGGGAGGUCGAGAAGGGCUCUUCCGUGAUUCGCCCGCAGCUUACGGAUCGGCUGCGUCUUUUGGCGGGAGUUCUCACGGCAUGAUCACGCGCGGCGCGACGUACUGCGCAGGCACACGGGCGUCGCCUUCCGUGGGACUGGGGACGGGCGCGAGUCGUUUCGAGCGAGGCGACGCACUUUCCUCGCGGUUCGGAGCUUCCAGCCGUUCGGUGCCUGACCCAUUCGGGGCUUUCUCGAACGGUCUAGGUCGCCGAGACGGGAAGCAGGUUUCGCAGAAAGCUGCUGGCGGCAGUUUCUUUUCGUGUGCGUUUUUGGACGAGGGCGACGACGACGACGACGCGUUCGCCCCGCUGGGAGGACUGUCCCUGACGAAGAACGCGAUUUUGAUCUGUCUCACGGACCUCAGGGAUGCUUGUCUAGCGCUCUGUUUCUCGACGGUGGCCGAGCAAGAGGAGAGGCGGCGGAUGGUCCAGCAACACAUUUUCCACGUCCAAGACGCGUGCCGCAGAGAAAUGGUUCUGCCGUACCUCCACCUGUUUGAGUGCCUCCUGCUGCUCAACCAGCUCCCGCACGAGGUCGAGGUCGCAGCGCAGCGGAUUCUCUUCAGCGCCCUCGACAUGCAUGCGCGGGCUGCCGUCCACACGUACUUCCCGAACUAUUUCCGCGGAGCACGCGCGAAUCACGGCGACGCGCGAUUGGGGAGAGACGAAGAAAGACACGGCAGAGUGGGAGGCCGAGGCGCAAGUCUCGCCGGCGGGUCAAGCGACGCGAGAACGCUCGCUGAGGAACUCAUGCUGGGAAACGACGACGGCUUUCCUGGUUGA